AAUCACCGCGAGUGGCACCCUGUUCUAAUCCAAAUACUCUAGACGUAAACCGACACAUCACAGCAUUUGUCUCUGGUUAGAAAUGCAAAGCCCGACGUUCGCGUCGUACAGGGAUUUGGAGCAAUCUCCACGAGCCAUGUAUAUGCGCGACUGGCGGUCAGCCAUACGAACGCCCACCUAUAGGAUCGGGAAUCGAACGGUUCGUUUCAACUACCAUUUUGCACUGCUGGUCCUUGGCGUUGUGGCUCUGGUCUUGUUGUUUUACUACGCCCGCCAAGGCUCGAGAUCCUCAUCGGACGGCUAUUGGCUGCGACAAAGUUAUACGGAUGCCAAGAGUCUGGACAUUAGAUACAAUGUGGGAUACAAUGCCACCUAUCCAUUAACGCCGCCGAUAGCUUUACACGGUGGCGUUAUCAAUUUUCGCAUUGCCAUGAUUGCAGAUCUAGAUACCAACUCCAAGGUGGUCAAGGCCGAUGGCAGCGCAACGUGGCGAAGUUAUUUAAAGAAGGGCUAUCUAACAUAUACAGUGUCGAAGAGCGAGAUACAAAUAAAGUGGGAUGACGGAACACCCACGUCACUAGAGUCGGCUUUCGCAUUGAAGGGACGUGGCAUGGAGUUGUCCGAAUUGGUCACUUUCAAUGGUCGCCUACUUAGCUUCGACGAUCGCACUGGCCUGAUUUAUGAGUUGAUCAAGGACAAGCCCAUUCCAUGGGUGAUUCUCUUGGAUGGUGAUGGACACAGCGCAAAAGGCUUCAAGUCAGAGUGGGCAACGGUGAAGCAACAAACGCUAUACGUCGGCUCCAUGGGAAAGGAGUGGACCACUAGCAUGGGUGACUUCGAGAACUAUAAUCCCAUGUAUGUGAAAGCAAUAAGUCCUUCAGGAGAAGUGAGAUCCCUUAAUUGGGCAGAAAACUUUAAACGACUGAGGUUGGAAUCGUAUCAGAUCACAUGGCCGGGCUAUAUGAUACACGAAAGCGGUGCAUGGUCGGAUGUGCAUAAACGCUGGUUCUUUCUACCUCGUCGAUGUUCCCGUGAGAAAUAUAACGAAACUCGAGAUGAGCACAUGGGCUGUAAUCUUCUGGUGUCUGCCGAUGAGAAUUUCUACAGUAUUGAGACGAUAAAACUCGACUCGGAAAAUACUUCACCCACACAUGGCUUCUCCAGCUUUAAGUUUUUGCCGGGUACCGAUGAUAGCAUCAUUAUUGCAUUAAAAUCAGAAGAACUCAAUGGCAAGACUUCCACCUUCAUCACAGCCUUCAACUUGAGUGGUAAAACCCUGCUGAGCGAGACGAGAAUCGAAACGGAUUACAAAUACGAGGGUUUUGAAUUCAUUUAGCUGCUAUUAGGAUCCAUACCGCCUCGAUUCUGUAUAUAAUGUAUUAAAAUCUCGUAAACUGUAAGCUUUAUAGACUAGUGAUCAGAAGGAUGCUCGAUUUGCCAUGGAAAAAAAUACUAAAUUAAAUCCGAAGCGACCGCAAUAGCACAAAUUCAAUGUUUAAAUUAUGAAUAGAAUAUUUCAAUAUAUAUAUAGGUAUAUACUUAUAAAUAAAUGUAUGUAUUUAUAUUUAUUUUUAAAUAAAGCAGUAUCAUAAGUACGUACGAAACUCAGUACAAACUUAUUAAGGCA